AUGAGCUGCCGCGAGUACAUCGCGGAGGAGGCCGCUGCACUGCGCGAGCAGCGUGCCUCCACGGCCGAGCUGCGUGCGGCCAUAACCUCACGGGCCGUCGACGCCCUCGAGGCCGCGAUCGACGCUUGCGCCGCCGCCUCGGAGCCGAGCAGAGCCGAAGCGAGGAGGCUACUGAGGGAGCUGCGGGCGGCCGAGUCGUCGGAAGCGGCGGCGGCAUCACAGCAGCGCCACUCGGCGGCGCACGAAGAUGACACAGCGGCCGAAUGGGCAGCGGCGCGGCAGCGUGCAGAGCGCCGAGACCCGUACGAGGACGACGCGAGCACUCCAACCGACGACGCGAGCACUCCAACCGCCGCAGAGCGCGAGCGGAACGAGCUGAGAGCGCAGGCCACGCACGCGCGCAUCUUGGGCGAGGCGGAGAACGGCUGCCGGCGAGUGGCCAGCGGCGCGUGCCGCUUCUAUUCGCACAACCUGGCACAUGAGUCUGUCGCGGACGUCGGCACCGUCUACACCUACAACUGGUCGCGGCACGGCAAGCCGUGCUUGAGCGAUUGCCCGUGCACGUUCUGCUUGGUCGGCCUGCAGCACCAAGACGGCGGCAAGGCGGUCGUCGUCGCGCCGGUCGGCGCCUUGGACGACGCGCUGAUCGCCGAGGCCAGAGCGCAGGCAGCAGUCAAGGCGCCAUCGGAGGGAGGCUCGAUCGCCAAACGAAUGCCGUGA